CGUCAUCUGCUGGAGAUUUGCUUAAAAUCACGUCUGCCUUCUUCUUGCACCGCCCGACAUACCUCAACAAGCCAACUUCGAACUUUUAUUUUUCUUCUCUUCGCCGUCACUCCUUAUUCCGCGUGUCGAACACUUCUCUCCUAGCACCCUUCGAAGCCUGUUGCGAGCUUUCCGUGCUUGUGGCACUCUGCUUUGGAGGAGCGGAAACCCUCCACCCUCCGGGACAUCCAAAGGCCCGUAUCUGAUCCUCCUCUUCCCAUCUCGCAAACCCGCUUUACCCACACGCCUCCGCGAGGCACGCUUUCGUAGGGCCGCCACGCCGCCCGCGCCUUUUCUGUUUUUGUAUCUUCGCACACAGACCGAACGAUGACGAGGUCGCUCUCGCCGGCGCAUCGGCUGCUCGCGGCGUCGUCGUUGCUGGCGUCGCUUGCCGCCGCAACGCUCAACUUCAACUGCAAGGACGUCGUCUCGCAGCGGGUGACCUGGGAUCUGAGCGAGCUAGGCGGUCCUCGUAUGGUGCACUGGGUCAGGGAGAUCGAGCCGGCCACGCACAAUUUCACCUUCACGCUGGACAUCUGCAAGCCGUUGAGGAAGCACAAGGGCCAGGAUCCGCAUGAGCUGUGUCCCGGCAACACCAGAGUAUGCGGUGUCGAGUACGUGACGAACAACUACGACAACGUCACCGCCGUCUCACAGGUUGUCCCCAUUGCGGGAGACUAUCACUUGAUCAACGGGCAGCCGCUGGAGAGCGAGGUCUACCGGUUAAAGGGAUCGGGCUCGAACGCCGACUCGAACAAGGAGGGCGUGCGGGUCGAGCUAAGCGGCGGCCGGGAGCAGCUGACGGACGAGAAGGGGAACAAGAAGAUGGGCAAGAAGCAGAAGGCCGUGAUCGAGUUCCUGUGCGACCCAAGCACGGACGGAAAGGACACGGAGGUGGACGAUCGGCCGGAGGAGGACGGGGACGAGAAGGAGGAAUCGACGCUGCGACGACGCGACGAGGAGGCGCCGGAGGAGAAGCCGGACGCGAAGCAGAAGAGCCUGCGCUUCCUGAGCUACAAGGACGAAAACAUCAGGGGCGAGGACUGGGGCGUGCUGAGGUUGGAGUGGAGCACAAAGUACGCGUGUGAGAACGCCGUCAACGAGCCCAAGGAAGGCGACGGCCACUGGGGCUUUUUCACUUGGCUGAUCAUCAUCGUCUUCCUCGCGACAGCAGCAUAUCUCAUCUUCGGUUCCUGGCUCAACUACAAUCGCUACGGUGCACGUGGCUGGGACGCUCUUCCUCACGGCGACACCAUCCGCGAUCUGCCCUACAUCAUGUCGGACUUUGGACGCAAGGUCACCAACACAAUACAAGGUGGCGGGUCACGGGGUGGAUACAGCGCUGUAUAAUCGAGUUCCCACGGCAUUCUCUUUUUUCUUUUUUCUCAAAGGCAUACAUUGCAUUCAAUUUGUUUUUUUUUUUUUCUUUCAUUUUGUUCUGGGUCUGACUCGGAGGGCGCAGCGAGCUUGGUUCGGAUCAUAUGUUAUAAUGUACUUAAGAUUGUGUGUGUACGUUGGGUUUCCUUUUUUUUUUUAACACCUGCGGGAAACUGUUUUCUUGUAGGGUUUCGACGCUGCGUCCGAGGCCAGGAUAGCGGAAAACUAGACGGUACAUGAAGCUAUUCGGAAUCAAAAUGAAAAAGAAAGCCCCCUUUGUAAGAUCA